AGCAGAGGUUUAGCUCCCUCUACAAGCGGUGGCCUGAUCUACUUGUGAAUCAUAGUGCCAGAGCCGCAAGUUGAAUUCCCCGGUGUUAAAAUUUGAAGAUUUUUGUGAGAAAUAAAUCAUCAAAGCAAAAUACGAAUGAUUCAAAAGUACCUGCAGGUGGGAGCAGGCGUCCCCCGCCGUCGAUUUCUCAUAGCAGUUGCCCGCCACCUGAGCAAUGGCGACACCUUCAGGCCUUUUCAAGAUAUGCCUGGACCGCGAUCUUUUCCAAUCAUAGGAACUCUUUAUAAAUAUUUCCCAGUUAUUGGUGAUUAUCAGUUUGAAAGGUUGCACAGAAAUGGAGAGAAAAAACUUGCGCAAUACGGCAAAAUCGUGCGAGAGGAAAUCGUCAAAGGCACCAACCUAGUGUGGUUAUUCGACCCCGUCGAUAUUGAAACCCUUUUCAGACACGGCGAGGGAAAACACCCUCAGAGGUUGAGCCACCUCGCAGUUCUACACUUCAGGCUCACAAGGCGCGAUGUCUAUAAUACUGGCGGCCUCCUUCCAACAAACGGUCCUGAUUGGGCGCGGCUAAGGACAGUUUUCCAAAAGUCUCUGAGCAGGCCGCAAAAUGUCAGAAUGUACAUCCCUAUGUUGGAUGAAGUUCUCACGGAUUUUGUCAAGCUCAUUGAAAGGACUGCGUGCCGAUCUCCGGUGGACGAUUUUUUGCACGAACUCUCCCGUCUGAGCCUUGAGCAAACUGGAUUAGUAGCUUUUGAUGAGAGAUUGGGUGGCAUCGCGGAGGAACCAAUUGUACUCUGCGAGAAACUGUUGGAAGCUGCUUUAACGAUCAAUAGCUGCGUGUUGGGCACUGAUCAAGGGCUCCAUUUGUGGAAGAAAUUCAAAACGCCAUUGUACAAAAAAAUGGAAAGAGCUAUGUUGCACUUGGAAAAGGUCGCUAUCGAAUUCGUGGAGAGGAAAGCAGCACAUCUUGAGACUUAUAAGACAGUAGAUAACCGCGUCGGGCAGUCUUUGUCUCUGCUGGAACAAUUCCUCCAGUCCCCUGAUCUUGAUCGGAAAGAUGUGAUAGGAAUGGUGGUCGACAUGCUUCUCGCUGGUGCUGAUACGACGGCGUACAGUUCUAGCUUCGCCCUGUACCAUUUGGCGACGAACCCCGAAAAGCAGCGGUUGCUGCACGAAGAAGCGAGAUCGCUACUGCCGACCCCUGACUCUAGGAUCACGACUCAGACGUUAUCGGCCGCUGCGUACACCAAAGCCGUCCUCAAAGAAUCGCUCCGCCUUAAUCCUAUAUCGGUUGGCGUGGGACGCAUUCUCCAGCACGAUUCCGUUUUCUCGGGAUAUAAUGUGCCCAAAGGGACAGUGGUCGUGACGCAGAAUCAAGUCUCGUGCCGCCAACCAAGCAACUUUAUACGGCCAAACGAGUUCCUGCCUGAAAGGUGGCUCAGAGGCCACGAGCUGAACGAACCCGUGCAUCCUUACCUUACACUACCCUUUGGACACGGACCUAGGGCGUGCAUUGCAAAAUUGUUGGCUGAGCAGAACAUUCAAAUGAUGCUUCUGAGAAUUGCAAGGGAAUUCCACAUUACUUGGGAAGGACGAGGUUCACUUGACAGCAUUUCACUGCUGAUAAAUAAACCUGACAGGCCUUUACGAUUGCAGUUCCACAAAAUUUGAUCAUAUCGCGGACGAUAUCGCAUUUCUUAUUGAAGCCGCGCCGCAAAUUUUUGCUGUGCGAUUUGAAAACAAAAAUGGUAGCUAAAUUCCGAUAUGUCAAUUAAGAAUAAUGAUAUGUAUAGACUGGCUAAGAUUCAAAGUGGAAGAGAAAAUUUUCAUCAGUCCAUGAUUUUC